AUGGAUGACCGUGGAAACCGGGGACAGGAUGAUCGUCCAGAUCGUCAGGAUCACUUCCGGCGUCGACGUCAACCAUCCGGAGAGUUUGACGAUGAACAAAUACAGCUUGCCAUCCAGCGAUCUCUCCAGGACGAGGAAGACCUCCUCCUGGAAGGCAUCUAUGACCCUCUUCGUGCGUAUCAAGUCGAUCAGAACCAGAACACUGGUAACCAGGGCCGAGCUUUGCAGCCACGAUCCCACGGCGCUGUGCUUGAGGACAAUACCGAUCUACCAGCCUUCCCGGGAGUUCCACCCGCGGCGCACCGCGGUAGCCAGCCUUCGGACUACAGCAAUCGGCCCCAGAACUACCCCAAUCAGCCUCAUAGCCAUGGCAUCCCAGUGAUGCCUUCCCCGGACGCCGUGCGACACGGCCGAUUUCUCGGACACUUCCGCCAGCCCCAUCAGUGGGAUAACAAUCUGAAUCCAUACCAGGCUCUCGGAUAUCCCGCUGCACAACCAAUGUUUCCUCAGCCAGACGUGGAGCACAUGAACUACUUAGAUGAGUCUGCAGCACCCCAGCAUCUGCGCGGAUUGCGUAACCUGUACCCGAUCAAUGCGAAUGCCAACGCUGCAGAGAACAUCCAGCAAUCUGUCAGCAACACCAACCCCGCUGCGGCGCCGACCGGCUCUGCUUCGAACUUUCCAGGAGCUGGAGCGGUUCAGAUCCAAGGCGGCCCUCAGCCCAUAUUGCGCUUGCGGGAUCCAGACCCGAGCAAUGCAGUUGCGAAUGCCGCAGACAACAUCCAGCAGCGCGCCAGCGGCGCUGCGGCGCCUACCAAUCCUGCUCCGAUGACCAUCGCACAGCGCUUGGACAAUGGCUUGAUCGAGAACGUCGAAGGCCUCACAAGGGAGGAAGAGGACGAGCUUGUUGACUGGGCACGCGGAAAGGGAAUGACAUGGGAUGCAAUACGUCGAAAGUUCAAGUUCCCGUUGCAGGAGAGCACUCUUCGUGUGCGAUUUCGCACUAGACGGAUGGACCGACCGCCGCGAGUUCCAGAGUUUACAGAGCGAGACGAUGAACUUCUCUUAGAGGCCAUUGAGGUUCUCGCGGGACGACACCUCGACAACGUCGAUGACUACAUCCGGCGGUUGUGGAACAGUGCGCAAGAGUAUAUCCAGAGUCACGGAGGCACGACCACAGCCGGACCCGUGACCCUCAAGAAGAGGUACUGGUUUCUCAUCGAACAGACGCCUAAAAUCCGGGGCGAUUUGGAACCGACCAAAGCGAAGUGGGACCACAAGUCGUACGAGAAUUAUCAUGUCCCAGGACAAGAGGAGGCUGAUUUCGAAGAGAGUAACGAGGACGAACCUACUGGAGAGACCAGCCCAGGCAGAGGUGGCGAGAGCCAAGAGCUCAACGAGCUCCAGUGGAAUCACGAGGAAUACGAGCAGUAUGACGUCCCUGGUCUGGAGGAGGCCGAUUUUGAGGACGAUCUUGAGGAAGAGCGUUCUGGAGAUGCCAGCGCACGCGACGGCAGAGCGGGCCCAGAGCUGAUGGAGUUCGAGUGGGAUCACGCCGAGUACGAGCAGUACGAGGUUGAAGAUGAGGAGGGUGCUGAUUUCGAGGAGGACGAGGAUGAGGGCGACCACGCCUCCUAA